AUGUUCGCCAUCCAAUCGCAACCGCGAUCUGCUGGAUCCGAAACCGAAGAGACCGCGAAAACCUGCACUCCCAAUAUUCUUCCAUGUCGAAUCCACCACGACGGUCCUGUCAAAUCGCUGAAACGUUAUUGGGAGCCCGUAUCUGAUGAGAAAGAUGAGAACCUCCAAACUGCCUACUUUCGUGGUCGUAAAUUGCGCGGUCGACGGGUUGCGAUUCCAGAGGGCUACGAAGGUGUCGUGGCUAUGCCCACCGAACGUGUCCUACCACCAACCCGCAAAGAGGUCGAGGACGAGGAAGCGGAGCCCGAAGAGCCGGUCAAAAUCAUUGAGAAACAAGCCACGUUUGAUGAGUUUGUGGUCUGGGAUCAUGAGGUUGUGCCGGCGGCCGACGACACUUAUGUCAAGGGAGUCGAAGAGUGGGUGAAGCUGGCUCAAGUGAUGCAUUCUACGCCUGAGAAUGAAAAGAAGACUUCUACAUGA